AUGGACAAAUUGAAGAAGCUCUUCGGCGGCGACAAGAGCAAGACCACCGGCGAUUCCACCUCCUCAGCCAAACCACCAGCUGGUUCAGCAGGCGUCGCUUCAGGCGAUGUAGUCCAGAACCCCAACCAUGUCGUCUUGCACACGACAUUGGGAGAUAUCACUAUCCAGCUGUUCACGCAACAGACUCCACGAACCUGCGCCAACUUCGCCACUCUCGCCAAGACAGGCAAAUACGACAACGUCAUCUUCCACCGGAUUAUCCCCUCCUUCAUGAUCCAAGGCGGCGACCCCACAGGAACCGGCCGCGGCGGGCGUUCCAUCUACGGCGAAAAGUUCGAAGACGAAUUCGUGCCCUCCCUCAAACAUGAAGGCAAAGGCAUCCUCUCCAUGGCGAACUCAGGGCCAGGAACGAACGGCUCACAGUUCUUCAUUACUCUUGCUCCGACUCCGCAUUUGAAUGGCAAGCAUACCGUGUUUGGGAAGGUGACAGAGGGCAUGGAUGUGGUUGAUAAGUUGGGGAGUGUGCAGACGGAUAAGGGGGAUCGGCCGAAGAGUGAGGUGAAGAUUGUUAGUUGUGAUGUGGAUUAG